AGACAGGCCUUUAAGUCUGUACCGGAAAUGACGUCGUCCUUUUCUCCCAGGCGGAUCCAUCAUGGGACGAGUCAGGACUAAGACGGUGAAGAAGGCCGCCAGGGUCAUCAUCGAGAAGUACUACACCCGCCUGGGAAGUGACUUCCAUACCAACAAGAGGGUGUGUGAGGAGAUCGCCAUCAUUCCCAGCAAGAAGCUCCGCAACAAGAUUGCCGGGUAUGUGACACAUCUGAUGAAGAGGAUCCAAAGAGGUCCCGUCAGAGGAAUCUCCAUCAAACUGCAGGAGGAGGAGAGAGAGAGGAGGGACAACUACGUGCCAGAGGUCUCUGCUCUGGACCAGGAGCUGAUCGAGGUGGAUCCUGACACCAAGGAGAUGCUGAAGCUGCUGGACUUCGGCGGUCUGUCCAACCUGCAGGUCACUCAGCCGACCAUCGGCAUGAACUUCAAGCAGCCCCGAGGCGUGUAGACCCCCCCUGACCUGACCCCCUGACCUCUGACCCCCCGGCUCUGCACGCCUGCUGCUCGUCUCCAAACUGUGCUGUUAAAUUAUCCGUUUCCCUUUUUUUUUUAUUUACUUCAUGUAGACCGAAGAGAAUAAACCAGAGAAAAGAGA